AGCAUAAAUGACAUCUGAUAGAUGCAAACAAUGGAAUUUGUUUUCAUGCCUCGUUUAACAAUGCGCACAGUACCUGUAUCUGACUGCGCGCUUUUUGACAAGAUCGUUAAUGGCCAUAUCUGCCGCCCGUGGGAAACUUAUCGCAGUAAUAGGAGACGAAGAUACAUGUACUGGGUUUUUGCUUAGCGGUACUGGUGAAGUCGAUAAAAACCGUCGGCCAAACUUCUUUGUGGUUGAUAAAAAUACAACACAAAGCGAUAUUGAAGAUGUGUUUAGAUCAUUUGUUGGACGUGAUGAUAUUGCUAUAAUUCUGAUUGUACAGAACGUCGCAGAGAUGAUACGUCAUCUAAUAGAUUCGCACACUGUUGCCAUUCCGGCAAUUUUGGAAAUACCCAAUCGCGAUGUUCCUUAUGAUGCCAACAAAGACACCAUCCUGAAACGAGCGAAGGGGUUGUUUAGCGCGGAAGACUUUCGCUAAGAGGGAGUGGAAAUUACUUUACAAAAACAUGCAUAAUAUGUGAUAUUUAUUUGAUUGAUUUUAAAAUAAAAAUUUAGUAACAGACUUUCUUAUUAAAUAUCAACUAUGUGUGAAGUUAUCCUUGAAAUUGUAGUGUUUACUUUUCAGGAAUGUCUGACUGCAAAUCGGUGGCAUCUAAACUGGAUCAUAAUGCAGAGGAGUUUGUACCUUUAGCGGAUUUGCAAGAAAAAACUUUUUCAGAGAUAAGAGUAAUUGUAGAAUCCAUUUUCGAUGCAGAUUUCUCAAGUUCUCAAGCAAACCUGAAAAAAGUUAGAGCUGUUGCUGAACUUAAUUUAGCAAACGCUUCUCGACUGGUUGGUGAAAUUUUAGCUGAGUUAACCACAUUGAACGUCAAACGAGUUGGUGUAGGAUGCCGAUGUCUUAAAGAUGUGCGGGCCCAUUUGCCUGUCACAAAAGGAAACGAAGUUGAGACUGCAGUUUUCAACCGUGUCAAAUCGAUGACUCAGGAAGUUAUAUCGAGUAAUAUCCUAAAAUCCUUUAUGCUCAGUUCACAAAAGUCUAUAUCCAACUCUUCGAGAUCUGAUUCAAAAAUAUGUGUAGAAUCUGGAGAUGUCCCUAAGGAACCAGAAAAUUCAUCUAUUGAACAUAUUUUUGCUUUAGUUACAUUCCUCAGAUACCUUAUUACUAACCUCAAUACACUUGAUGACUGUGAAGGCUACGUUUCUGCUCCACCUAUUCAACCCUGUAUAGACUUCUGUUUACUUCUAAAUACCGUCUGUGAACUCCAACUUCAUUCUGAAAGAAUAAAAAGUUCUGAGCCGAAAAAUGAAGCCAGUUUAUCCCUAACAGAUACAACUUGUGCUCUUUUAUCCGAGUCCAGUUGGAACAGCUUGAUGUACAAUCUAUUCGAUGGUUUUUCUCAGGGACUUAUGCACUUCAAUUUAAUUCUGACAAGUACUAACGUAAGAGUUCUUGACGGUACGUGGCAGCGCACUUGUAAUUUAGAUGAACGUGAAGGUGAUUGUGAAAAUAAUCAAGAUUUUACUUCUGCAUCACACCUUUCCACACUAAUAAAUAAGUGUUUGACUAGUUUGCGUGCAUUACUAGUAGAAGAACAGUUACCUAUGCGAAUCUUGCGAUCCACCGCUUUAGAUUUACUGAUGUAUGCCUCAGAAAUGGCUGCUGUUCAAAAUGCCUCUGGUUCGAAUUGGACAGAGCCAAAUAACUUCUGUGAAGAAAUGUGUUCAGAUAUCAACCUGUCUAACGAAUCUCUAGAAGAACUAAACGAAGAACAAGCAGCGGACUUUCAGCGUUUCCUGAAAGACACUGGUCAACUGUCUUGAUAUAUCUCAAUGAAAAAAAUCAUACAUUGUAGAGUUAAUUUAUGUUAAUAGUUCAGAUUUUGUCUUUCCUUAUGUAUAAAUGAUCUGACUUCACUGUAUACGAAAAAUAAUCUUUGUUUCGUUACUGUACUCCGUCGGUCAUGUUUCAUUCUAAAGCAUUUUAUUUCCUACCUCUGUUUUGACCCAUAUCGUUGUAUAAUUGUCAAGUUUUUCAUUUCGGCUUUAAUGUUUUAUCCUGCAAAUAAAUUAAUAAUUCGUCUUCAA